GAGUUUCACUCUUGUCACCCAGGCGGGAGUGCAGUGGCAUGAUCUCGGCCCACUGCAACCUCCGUCUGCUGGGUUCAAGCGAUUCUUAUGUCCCAGCCGCCGAAGUAGCUGGGAUUACAGGUAUCCGCCACCAUGACCAGCUAAUUUUUGUAUUUUUAGUAGAGACGGGGUUUCGCUGUGUUGCCCAGGCUGGUCUCGAACUCCUGACCUCAGGUGAUCCCCCUGCCUCGGCCUUCCAAAGUGCUGGAAUUACAGGCAUGAGCCACCGCGCCCAGCCCGUUCCAUGGGAGUUUCUGCUAUAUUCUGGUUACUGGUUACUGACUGGCUGUCAGCAAUAGUGUACCUUUUUUUCCCACCUUGGCUUUUCUUUUAUCUCUUUUUGAGGUGUCUUUGAUGAGCAGAAAUUCUCAAUUGUAAUAUAGUUGAGUUUAGCAGUCAUAGCUUAUAUCUAAUAUUUUUUUCUAUUAUAUUUAAGAAACUCUUCCCAAUUCCAAAGUCAUUGGAAAUUCUCUAUCGUCUGCUGGACAUUUUGAAGUUCUUCUGCCUUUUGCUUUAGCACACCCAGAGUCUGCCAGGAGCUCACGCGUGUGGUGUCCUUGGGUAACCUGCCAUCUCAGCCCCUUUGCUGAAAUCCCCCUCCCUCCCAAACCCUGGUUUGCAGUGCUACCUGUUACACAUCAAGCUUCCAAAUCUGCAAGGGUCUGUUUCUGGGCUAUCUUUGGUCCCCAAAUUCCGCUUCUCUUAAUUUGCUUUAAGGAUAGUUGAGGACAUAAGCAGAUAUUUACUUACGGGAAUAUCCACUGAAGUUCUGAUGAUAGCAUUGAGGGAACGGGAAGCAUUCUAAAUGUUCCGGCAGUGGGAAGCAGGUGAAUGUUGGAGGGGAGGGUGUGUAGGUGCAGUGAGAUACUCUGUAGCCAGCAAAAAUGCGUUUGCUGAUGUGGCUAUAUGGUGAUAAUAUACAUGACAAAAAAAUAGCAAGGUCACAUAACAGUAUAUACAGUAUGGAUUCCAUGUUCAUAAAAAGAAAGUUGUAAGUUGAAAAAAACCUGUUAUCUUGCUUUCUCCUGUCCUGGUCACACUCAGGGUGAUUUGAUCUGGCUUCGACCCCAUCAGGCCACCAUGUCCGCUCUGGCAGGUCCUCGGUGACCCCCUGGUGGCUGCUUCCUUUAUCCUCGGCUCAGUUCUCAUUUAUGACCUCGCUGCUGCAUUGGACAUCACUGAUGCGAUCUUCUCGACGUGCUCUCUGCUCUCCUCCGCUUCUGCCCACUUUCUUCUUGUUCUCCUUUCUGGCUUUCCUUCCUUGGUAUUGGUGUCCCUGGGUUCCCAUUUCCCUGGGCCUCCGUGUACUCCAUGCUUUCUCCUUUGGGGCCCUUGGCAAGGCAUCUCCUGUGUUAAAACUUCUACAUCACAGACCUGCAGAACUGGCUGUCGCCUUACACUGAACUCCCCUGACGUCCUCGAGGCCCGCAGAGUCAGCACAUCCAGAAUGAAACCCACAUCCCCCCACUGAGCCACACUCUUUGGAGGCAUCCAGGAUUUCUGUCCUGUCUCCUCCCCUUCACCUCGGUCGAUUGUCACUUCUUUCUGAACAUUCCCAUGCCUGUGUCCAUCUCUCCCCUGCCACCCCAGACUCUUGUCAUCAACUCCCCCCUUAUGCGAGUUUCUGGAGUGUUCUGCCAGCCUCCACAUUUCACCCCUCUUCUUUCCCACACUGUGGCCACAGUCAGCUUUCCAGAGUGUAUUUCUGAGCCACCACCGGGCUCUGUCUGUAGCCCCAAGGAGCAGCUGCCGGCCUCUGCUUGCCCAGCCCCUCCUCCCUGGCCUGCUCAGGUACCUGUUGUCUCAGGCAAUUCCCUUAUGGGGCAUUGCUCACUGCCCUGUGCCCCACAUCCCAGAGCACUCUGGUGUGUACACAUCCGCCUUCCUCUGGUCUGAGCUCCUGGCCAUGCAGCCCUCAGAGCCCAGUGUAGUGACCAGCAUCUGGUGAUGCAGCCACGUGUCAGAGAGGGGGCAACCUCACCCUGUGCUUGGGCCUGCUAGUGCCUUUCAGACAGAGUCCAUUCCGGACUUUCCCUGCCUCCUGGUUUGAAGCCCUUUUCAAGGACAUUCUCAGAGCUGUCUUACUGUUAAGCAAGGACCACUGGAGACUUGUGCUUCCCCCCAAGCAGCUGCACGUGGUAGUCUUGGACCUGUGGGCUGGGCAUAUGUCUUGUCGGGUCAGUGGGUGGCCGUGGACCACACUCCAGCUCAGGCCCAGUGCUCUCGCCAACUUCCUCUGGGGAGCCCAGCACUGGGAUUGGUGUCUUGCCUGUGUUUGCUGGUGGGCACGUGUUCACUUUCCACCUGCUGCUCUCUGACUAGAGCUUAAGAGUUUUCUCGGUGCUGUGUGUGUUGCAAAUUUGUCUCUGAUUGGAAUAAGGGUAUCUUAGAUGGCUUGAACGACAGUUGGCCCUUUUGUUUGUGCAUAGAACCCAACAAAGUGACUCUAAGAGCCCGGUGGCCCGGCAUGGCCCGAGCGAACUGUGCAGGGACCUGGCCCUUUCACUCCUGACUCUGCUCUAGGGGGCAAGGAGAGGCCUCGUCAGCCUAGCAGCAUUUCCUGUGGGUGCCUUUCACAGCUGCCACGUGCAAAAUACAGCACAUUAUUUUGGGGUGUUAUUUUCUUGACCACUUUUGGUUCAUUGCUUUUGACUAAAUGUUUAAAAAUAUUCUGCAGCAUAUCUAUAGUACUCACAAGCAGCGAAUCAGGAGAAGAAAUGCAGUUUCUGAGAAGGCUUCAAAGAAAUAAUGGUCUUUAUCUUUUCCCCAGCCUUUUCCGCUGAAACCCACCAGUCUUUUUCUGAGCACUCUUGUUCUAUAAAUAAAGCAGCAGCUCUCCUUGGGCAGCCCAAGAUCGCAGACUCUCAUCCGCCCUCAGAAAGAUUGUGCGUGUGCGUGUGUGUAAGAGUAUGUGGUGCAACCAUCAUCAAAGAGGGGAUGCUGACCAAACAGAACAAUUCAUUCCAGCGAUCAAAAAGGAGAUACUUUAAGCUUCGAGGGCGAACGCUUUACUAUGCCAAAACGGCAAAGUCAAUCAUAUUUGAUGAGGUGGAUCUGACAGAUGCCAGCGUGGCUGAAUCCAGUACCAAAAACGUCAACAACAGUUUUACGGUCAUAACUCCAUGCAGGAAGCUCAUCUUGUGUGCUGAUAACAGAAAAGAAAUGGAAGAUUGGAUUGCAGCAUUAAAGACUGUGCAGAACAGGGAGCACUUUGAGCCCACCCAGUACAGCAUGGACCACUUCUCAGGGAUGCACAAUUGGUACGCCUGUUCCCACGCGAGGCCGACCUACUGCAAUGUGUGCCGUGAGGCUCUGUCUGGGGUCACGUCGCACGGGCUGUCCUGCGAGGUGUGCAAAUUUAAGGCCCACAAGCGCUGUGCUGUGCGUGCAACCAAUAACUGCAAGUGGACCACACUGGCCUCGAUCGGGAAGGACAUCAUUGAAGAUGCAGAUGGGAUUGCAAUGCCCCACCAGUGGUUGGAAGGAAACCUACCUGUGAGCGCCAAGUGCACUGUGUGCGACAAGACCUGUGGCAGUGUGCUGCGCCUGCAGGACUGGCGCUGCCUCUGGUGCAAGGCCAUGGUUCACACAUCGUGUAAAGAAUCCUUGCUGACCAAGUGCCCACUUGGCCUGUGCAAAGUGUCAGUCAUCCCACCCACGGCUCUCAACAGCAUCGACUCCGAUGGGUUCUGGAAGGCCAGCUGUCCUCCGUCUUGCACAAGCCCACUGUUGGUCUUCGUCAAUUCAAAAAGUGGGGACAACCAGGGUGUGAAGUUCCUCAGAAGAUUCAAACAGCUACUAAACCCCGCCCAGGUCUUCGACCUCAUGAACGGAGGCCCACACCUCGGCUUACGGUUAUUCCAGAAGUUUGACACAUUCCGGAUUCUGGUUUGUGGCGGGGAUGGAAGUGUUGGCUGGGUCCUCUCUGAAAUCGACAGCCUCAACCUUCAUAAACAGUGUCAGCUGGGAGUGCUGCCGCUCGGCACAGGGAACGACUUGGCCCGAGUGCUGGGCUGGGGCUCAGCCUGCGAUGACGACACCCAGCUCCCCCAGAUCUUGGAGAAGUUGGAGAGAGCCAGCACCAAGAUGCUGGACAGGUGGAGCGUCAUGGCAUACGAGGCCAAGCUCCCCCGGCAGGCCUCCUCCUCUACCGUCACCGAAGACUUCAGCGAGGAUUCCGAGGUACAGCAGAUUCUCUUCUAUGAAGACUCGGUUGCAGCCCACCUUUCUAAAAUCCUCACCUCGGACCAGCACUCGGUGGUCAUCUCCUCGGCCAAAGUGCUCUGUGAGACGGUGAAGGAUUUCGUGGCACGGGUGGGGAAGGCCUAUGAGAAGACGACCGAGAGCUCGGAGGAGUCAGAGGUCAUGGCCAAGAAGUGCUCUGUCCUGAAAGAGAAGCUGGAUUCCCUUCUCAAGACCUUGGACGAUGAGUCCCAGGCCUCGUCCUCUCUGCCCAACCCGCCCCCCACCAUUGCCGAGGAGGCUGAAGAUGGAGAUGGGUCGGGCAGCAUCUGCGGUUCCACUGGAGACCGCUUGGUGGCAUCAGCUUGCCCGGCCCGGCCGCAGAUAUUCCGGCCUCGAGAACAGCUCAUGCUGAGAGCCAACAGCCUGAAGAAAGCAAUUCGUCAGAUCAUAGAACACACAGAAAAAGCUGUCGAUGAGCAGAAUGCCCAGACCCAGGAGCAGGAGGGCUUCGUCCUGGGCCUCUCUGAGUCAGAGGAGAAGAUGGACCACAGAGUGUGCCCGCCACUGUCCCACAGCGAGAGCUUCGGGGUCCCCAAGGGGAGGAGCCAGCGCAAAGUGUCGAAAUCUCCAUGUGAAAAGCUGAUCAGCAAAGGGAGUCUGUCCCUAGGCAGUUCUGCUUCCCUUCCGCCCCAGCCGGGAAGCCGGGACGGCCUGCCUGCGCUCAACACCAAGAUCCUGUACCCAAAUGUCCGGGCUGGAAUGUCUGGUUCCUUACCCGGUGGCUCAGUCAUCAGUCGCCUGUUAAUUAAUGCUGAUCCCUUCAACUCUGAACCAGAAACCCUAGAGUGUUACACAGAGAAAUGUGUCAUGAACAACUAUUUUGGCAUUGGCCUGGAUGCGAAGAUAUCCCUGGACUUUAACAACAAGCGCGAUGAACACCCAGAGAAGUGCAGGAGCCGAACCAAGAACAUGAUGUGGUAUGGAGUUCUUGGAACCAAAGAGUUGCUGCACAGAACCUACAAGAACCUGGAGCAAAAGGUCUUGCUGGAGUGUGACGGGCGACCCAUCCCACUCCCCAGUCUUCAGGGAAUUGCUGUCCUUAACAUUCCCAGCUAUGCCGGAGGAACCAACUUCUGGGGGGGUACCAAGGAAGAUGAUACUUUCACAGCUCCAUCAUUCGAUGACAAGAUUCUGGAGGUGGUCGCCGUGUUCGGCAGCAUGCAGAUGGCCGUCUCUCGAGUCAUCAGGCUGCAGCAUCAUCGGAUCGCCCAGUGUCGCACGGUGAAGAUCUCCAUCCUUGGGGAUGAGGGCGUGCCUGUGCAGGUGGACGGAGAGGCCUGGGUCCAGCCGCCAGGGUACAUUCGGAUUGUCCACAAGAACCGGGCACAGACACUGACCAGAGACAGGGCAUUUGAGAGCACCCUGAAGUCCUGGGAAGACAAGCAGAAGUGCGAGCUGCCCCGCCCUCCAUCCUGUUCCCUGCACCCGGAGAUGCUGUCCGAGGAGGAAGCCACCCAGAUGGACCAGUUUGGGCAGGCGGCAGGGGUCCUCAUUCACAGUAUCCGAGAAAUAGCUCAGUCUCACCGGGACAUGGAGCAGGAACUGGCCCACGCCGUCAAUGCCAGCUCCAAGUCCAUGGACCGUGUGUAUGGCAAGCCCAGAACCACAGAGGGGCUCAACUGCAGCUUCGUCCUGGAAAUGGUGAAUAACUUCAGAGCUCUGCGCAGUGAGACAGAGCUGCUGCUGUCUGGGAAGAUGGCCCUGCAGCUGGAUCCGCCUCAGAAGGAGCAGCUGGGGAGUGCUCUUGCCGAGAUGGACCGACAGCUCAGGAGGCUGGCGGACACCCCGUGGCUCUGCCAGUCCGCAGAGCCCGGCGACGAAGAGAGUGUGAUGCUGGAUCUUGCCAAGCGCAGUCGCAGUGGUAAAUUCCGCCUCGUGACCAAGUUUAAAAAGGAGAAAAACAACAAGAACAAAGAAGCUCACAGUAGCCUGGGAGCCCCGGUUCACCUCUGGGGGACAGAGGAGGUUGCUGCCUGGCUGGAGCACCUCAGUCUCUGUGAGUAUAAGGACAUCUUCACACGGCACGACAUCCGGGGCUCUGAGCUCCUGCACCUGGAGCGGAGGGACCUCAAGGACCUGGGCGUGACCAAGGUGGGCCACAUGAAGAGGAUCCUGUGUGGCAUCAAGGAGCUGAGCCGCAGCGCCCCCGCCGCCGAGGCCUAGCCUCUGUCCUCUCAGCCUGUGGCCUCCACAUCCCCGCCGCCGAGGCCUAGCCUCCGCCCUCUCAGCCUGUGGCCUCUGCGCCUCCUGCCACUGAGGCCCUGGGCGGAUGCUGCAGCCCGCCCCCUUCUCAUGGUGCUACUUCCUCUGUCAGCUACAGAAAGCCUCCGUGACACCGUCCACCAGAGCUCUGGGGUCUCGAACAUAACAACACAGCUACCUUUGAAACAACACUUUCUCCAGCUCAGAGUCACCUGGGGCACAUGUGUCACGGCCACUCAGCUCUCGCCCGCCUGUGCUGUGGGCCAGGGAAUCCAGCGGCGUCUGGCCUCCUGGGCACUGCUUGCCUGGCCUCGUGCUUGGAUUGUCCCGGGGGCUCCUCUCCGUGUGUCCUUCUGUGGCCGCACCGUGUGGCUCCGCCUCCUGGCCCCCAGCCAGUUCUCAGAAACGUGGCUGGGGCCCAGCCACCCUGUGGCUUCACAGCAGCCUGCAAGGGCCCCUGUUUGUUGAUGCAGCUUUUGUUGAACAAAAAUCAUGCUCUUUCCUGGUUUGAAAGUAGCAUGGAUGUUUCCAGUCUUGUUGAUUGUAAUUUGACGUGAAGAGAAAAAAAAAUUCCUCCUGCGUGAGCCAAGGCAGCGGGUGCUGUUUCCCAGGCGGGGAGCCCCUCCCUGGGUGUCACAGGGCCUGUGCUCCUCCCUCCUCCAUCCUCUCUCUUCCUGCUCCUCCCUCCCCCACUGUGGGCUGGGGACGCCUGCCCUUCUGUCUCCGGACGCUCUAGGCGAGUUCAGCUUGGGGUGUGAGUGAGACAGCUCGCCAGCUGCAUCCCUGCAGACAGAGGAUGUGUGUCCACAUGAGUGUUUCUGUGUGGGAAAUGCUUCCUGGCUCUGGGAGACUCUUUCUGCCCAUUCUGUGGUUUCCAGGGAGUGUGGCCCUGGUGGGCCGGGGGUGGUUUGACCUCUUCAGCCCGUCCGGUGGCCUGGAGGCCGGAGGCUCUCCUGAGUGUCUGCCCCUGCAGUGGCUUCUUGUCGCCUGCUGCCGGGCGUGAUGUCACUGGAGGUGCUGGCAGGGACUCUGAUUUGAUGGUCCGCGCUGCCCCUGCCCUGCCUCUGUCCUGGCUCUAAACUAGUAGAUGAUGGUGCCAGAGGGCAGGGAGCUCCCCUGGGGAGAGGGCUGUGCCCCGUAGGGACAGUGCCCAGGUGAAGGAUGCCCCUGGUCCUCCAGGGCACUGACUUUGCCCUUUUUUCCCGUUGAUAGUCAUGGCUCAGAGGUGCUUGUAAAUGUCUUGGGAAGAGGUUUCUGUAACCCCUGCCCUGGUGUGAGGAGGAAAUGGCUCUGGCCUGGCUGCCUGGCCGUGGCUUCUCUUUGGCUCCCAAAGAGAAGGACAGUGUUGGGAGUGUCUGCCGGCGCUGUCCAGGUCCUUUAGUCAGCGUCACUCCAUCUGAUGUGCAGAAGCUGGGCUGCACCUGCGGGGGUGGGCAUAGACCGGGCUGGGUCUGCCGCAGCCCCUGGUCCUGAGCAGGCGGCAGUGAACAGCACUGGCCCACCUCCCACUCACAGCCCCUCUGUCCCCUCUGCAGUGCACCCUGGUGGGCCCCUCUGCGUGCCUUGGGGUGCUCCCCUCUCGUGGUCGUUCUGGGCCAAGGCCCUUAGAGUAUGGAGGCUGAGCCAGGCCUUGGGUUUCCCCAGCACAGCCUCCUGUCCCUGCAUGCGACGUGUUGGGAUUUUUGGAUGAAAGACUCUCCCACGCUCUGUUGGCGGACUUAGCUGCCUCACUGGAAGUGAUGUGGGUGGAAGGUGGUUGUAUGUUACCUUUUCCACCUCUCAUUGUUUUCCCCAGAACAUUUUAGAUGGGGGUUGGCAGAGGGAGAAAUAAGCCAGCCACGGCAGUCGCUUGGUUUCCCAGGUGGAAUGGGCUAACACAGGAGAUGAUGGGAACCUGUCCCACAGUCCCUGCAUGACCAUUGGCCCUGCUGGCCUGGCGGUGUGGGCAUCCCGGGGCUCUUAGAGUCCCAGAACAAGCCCCAGGCAAGCUGGAACUUGGGUGGGGAGGGGACAUGAGGAGGAUAAACAGCUGACUGUGGCUUCAAGGACAUCAGGGCCACCCCAAGUCCUCGGUGUCCUACUCCUGGCAAGGAGUUGGGUUUGGAUCAAAAGUGUUUAAAAUUAAUAUGUUGUCAGUGAUUAGAACAACACUGUUUACAUAAAAACCAUUUUUCUAAUUCUAACAAGUUAGAAUGUGAGGAAGGAAUGAACACAAGUGUUUAGGAACCUGCCCUUUGGUGCUGGGCUGGCGUCCCGCACUGGGGUGUCCUCGCUGUCUGGGGGCUGCUCUGCUGCCCCGGCCCAGGUCCCCUUGUGGUGUUGCCAGACGGGCCUCAUGGUCUGCUGUGCAGAGAGAGGCAGGAAGGAUCCCUGAAGAGUCUUGGAGAAAAGGUUCUGUGCCCUCAGGUGGGGCUUACCCCCUCGUAUUUAUAAUCUUAAUUUAUAUAGUGACCACCGUGGAAACAAAUGCCUCUUGUAUUGUUAUGUACAUAGUCCAUACCUGAGUGCUGUACAUAAGUUGUUCUGUGUAUAAAUAAAACAAGCCUGUUUUUGAUCUUC